UGGUCGUAACUUCACAAAACAACUUCAACAAACUCUAUGAUCACGGGGCAGCACUUUGAGAUGCUUAAUUUGUCGUAACUUCGCAAAACAACUUCAACAAACUCUAUGAUCACGGGGCAUGCCCCGCCAUGUAACAAUAAAAAAACUACACAAUCACUCUUACCUAUAUAAUCACUUAGAUCACAAUUACUUCCCCAACAUAAACUUGAAAAUCCUUUAUUUCUUAAUUACCAUUUCUCUAUUGUUCGAACUCAUCAAAAAGAAGGAUCUUAUAUCAUGGCCUCUCACAAUACCAAUUCCAUUCUUUGGAGAUUUUUCUUGGCUAUUGUGAUUGCAACCAUUUUUACUCCAAACCUUAGUUCUGCAAAGAAAUCCAAGAUAAUUGGCCUGAAAAUGAAUGUAAUUGAUCGAUGUUGGAGACCAAAUCCCGAAUGGAGGAGGCAUCGAUCUCAACUAGCCACUUGCUCUGUGGGCUAUGCUAGCAAGAUGAAAAACAAUAUUGGUGAUGACCUCAUCCAUUAUAAAGUUACUGACCCUAGUGAUGACCCAAUAAAUCCAAGACCUGGCACCUUGAGGUAUGGAGCUUCGGUAAUUCAAGGUAAAGUGUGGAUCAAAUUCCAAAGAGACAUGAAAAUUAGGCUUGAGAAACCUCUUCUCAUUAGUAGUUUCACCACCAUUGAUGGUCGAGGCGUAAACGUCAACAUAGCUGAUAAUGCAUGCUUGAUGAUCUAUAAGACCACAAACAUAAUCAUCCAUGGCAUUCGAAUUCAUCAUUGCAAAGCUCAAGCUCCAGGAAUGGUGAUGGGGCCUAAUGGAAAAGUUAUGCCUUUGGGGCAAGUAGAUGGGGAUGCAAUUAGAUUGAUUACAGCUUCAAAAAUUUGGAUUGAUCAUAACACGCUUUAUGACUGCGAAGAUGGCCUUCUUGAUGUCACACGAGGUUCAACUAAUGUGACUGUGUCCAACAAUUGGUUUAGAGAUCAAGACAAAGUUAUGCUUCUUGGCCACGAUGAUGGAUAUGUCAGAGACCAAAACAUGAAGGUUACAGUUGUGUACAACCAUUUUGGACCUAACUGCAACCAACGUAUGCCCAGAAUUCGCUAUGGAUAUGCACAUGUAGCCAAUAAUCUUUACCAGGGUUGGUUGCAAUAUGCCAUUGGUGGAAGCAUGGAACCUAGUCUCAAAAGUGAAGCUAACCUCUUCAUAGCACCGACUGCUGGAAAUAAGGAGGUAACGUGGAGAAAAGCUAGCCAUACAAAUGGGGAUAGAUGGGAAUUCCAUUCAGUAGGGGACGUUUUUGAAAAUGGAGCCUCCUUCACCGAAACAAAAGGAAAUGGUGGACGUGUGUGUAAGCCGAAUUACAAUGGGGAACAAGAUUUUGAAGUUUCUGAUGCCAAGUCUGUAAAAUCAUUGACAAUGUGGUCGGGUGCACUUCGGUGCAGCAAAACUUCUAUGUGUUAAAUAGAAAAAUUAGAAGAGGUACUUUGCUUAGAUGAGGAAUUUUGAAGCAAAGUUUGCAUCAUCAGUGUGGGAUUAAUGCUUCAUAGAUAAAAGACUUAUGUUAAUCAAGUUAUAUUUGAAUCAAUGUUUUUAUCUUUUAUGUAUCAAUAUUUUUUUCCUUUACUUGAAGUUUAAAAAGUCGUACUUAUAUUCACAAAUACUCAAAUCUGAGAUAUUUGCU